AUGACACCCCAUACCAAGUGUUCGAAGAAGCAGAAGUGGAAUCUUGUCAUUCUUGUCUCUGUUGCGGCCGCCUUCUCGCCCCUGUCGUCCAAUAUCUACUUCCCCGCCCUGGAAACCAUAUCGCAGGAUCUUGGAGUCAGCACCUCUCUGACUUCGCUGACUAUUACUGUUUAUAUGAUUGUCCAGGGUAUUGCUCCUUCGCUGUUCGGCACGCUGUCCGACUCGUGUGGCCGCCGCCUUGCCUUUGCUAUCAGUCUUACGAUUUUUAUACUUGCCAACUUGGCACUCGCCUUUACGAAAGAUUAUGCAAUGCUUAUGGUUCUGCGAGGAAUACAGGCAGCGGGGUCCUCUGCCACUAUCAGUAUCAGUGCAGGUACUAUUGCAGAUGUUGCCUUCCCAGAGGAACGUGGUGGCUUUAUGGGGUUGAAUGCAGGUAUUCGCAUGAUGGGACAAUCAAUCGGACCAGUCGUCGGAGGCCUUCUUAACAGCGCCUGGGGAUUCCGCAGUAUCUUCUGGCUCCUGUUCGUCCUGAGUGUAAUCAUCCUUGUGUGCCUCUUGGUCUUCCUGCCCGAGACCCAAUACAAAAAGAGUGGAAAACGCGAGAUAUCCCUUUCAGACAUCCACAAGCCCCUCGCCCACCUCUUCGAGAAGGACAUUGCCGCCCUGCUCGCCUGGGGCGCCAUUGCCUUCACAGUAUGGAGCAUGGUCGCCGCCUCAGGAACAACCCUCCUCCUCCUAGGCUUCCCCGAGAUGCCCGAAUGGCAAAUCGGCAUCUGCUUCCUCCCCAACGGCAUCGGCUGCAUCGCAGGCUCCAUGACCACAGGAUACCUCCUCGACAAGGACUUCCGGCUCGCCGAAGCCGAAUUCAAAGAACGACGCGGCAUCGCCCUCGACCAGCCCAUCCCCCGUCGCGCCAGAGUCGACUUCCCACUCACCCACACCCGCCUGCGCCGCGUGCCCCUAUUCAGCGUCGUCCUCGCCAUCUCCCUCGGCCUUUAUGGCCCCAGCUUCAUGCUCAAUGACAUCCGCCGCGGAUACGGGCCGAACCUGGUUGCGCCGCUGCUUCUGCAGUUCCUUAUUGGCUUCACCUCUACGGCGAUCUUUAAUAUAAACUCUACCCUGCUGAUCGACUGCUUCCCUGACCAGCCGGCUAGUGCGACGGCGCUGAACAACCUCUGCCGCUGUUUGCUGGGGGCGGCUGGUGUCAGUGCUAUCCAGCCUUUGCUUGAGGCUGUGAGGGCUAUGCGUGCGUUUUUGAUUGUCACUGGGAUUAUGGUAGCCUUUAUGCCGCUGAUUUGGGUGGAGUGGAAGUAUGGCGAGAAGUGGCGCAGGGAGCGCGAGAUGAGAAUGAUGCAGCGCGGGCAGCAGGUGGAACUGCAGUAUGUGUGA